AAUACGACAGUCAUCGUCUCAUCGGUCGCUGUUCAGAAAGAAGAGUGAAACAUCGUCAGAAACCUUAGUUCACUUAUUCUUUUUAUAUGUUGGUGUAACACUCUGUAUCGCGGUACGUUAAACGUUUGCGUUACAUUUUUACGUGAUUCGUUACAUAAAAUUUAUCUUGUUGUAGUACUUGCACAAGUACUAUACCACUUCCAUACUUGUAACCACUAACUCUUAUUUCUAAUAGUUAUGGUUAAUCAAAGUAAAAAGCAGCGAACCCAAUCCCCUGUAAAACUGGUGUCUAAUUUAACGUCCUUGAUUGCUACAUCAAGCAACACACCCCCAACAAACGGCUAUAGUGAGUCACAUAACUCACGUGUAUGCCGUAAGCGUCGAGCUGAAACUGAAAAUAAAACUGUACUGACAGCCAGUAUUAGCACUACUCCUAAAAAUUCGGUACCCUCUGCUCAUACAGAACUCCUCCCUUCACCUUAUGUGCUUAUGGAGAAACUCCAGCCAUCAAGCUCUUUUUCAGUACUAUCUUCAGAAAUAGAACUUCUAAAGUUGUCUAUAGGAGAACUUAAGGCUGAGUUAAGGGAAAUAAAAAACAGCAAGUCAGUAAAUGCUGGAAACAUCGAAACCAAUACCGAGAUAUCCAAAUUAUCAGAUCAGAUCAGCGAUAUCAGAUCGCAGGUCUGUGAACUGACACCUCUAACUAUCCUCAUGAAAACGGUAAACCUUAACAAGCUUGACACAGAAUCGGUAACUAAGGUAGAUAACCUCAUUAACUUUGUUACCACAGAAGUAACAAAACGACUCGACGCAAAACUGAGUGCUAUUGUCUACAACGUUCCGGACAAUGAGGCAAUAAAAAAGGUACAGCGCAUCUUACUUAGUGAAGCGAAAAUGCCUAACUCCAAGACUAAGUGCUACAGGCUGAAGAAGAGUCAACAUGAAAAGUGUUGUCCUAUUCGAUUUCAGUUCGAAACACCGGCAGAGACCAGAAAAUUCAUUCACUCCCAACACACCCUAUCGCAAGCCAGAAACUACAAACAUAUAAAGGUCGGGGUGGACAAAACAGUUAUAGAAAGGCGCGCACACAACUAUCUCACUAAGACUAAUUGUGAAAUAGGUAAUAGGACAUUGCAGCAAGCCAUUAUCCCCAACCCUGUGAAAGAUACAGUAGACCCCACCGCAUCACCCCUCUCAAAACACACAGAAAUGUCCCAUCAGAGUGCAACACCAGCCGAAAGGCCACUAGACUGUAACCAAAUAAAUAAUAAAACCAUACCACCCAUCACCGCAGAAUCUAAAAUGCCACUAAAUAACCCCAGAAAAAAAGUUAAAACCCCCCGAAACUCGACUUUGUCCUCUCCUAGCUAUAAUUCCAUUGGUAAAGAUAAGGAAAAUAUGCCCCUAAAUCAUACCAACAAAAACAGUGGCAGCUUAAAUAAGCCCACACUCCCCACGGUUAAUAGUAUUAGCACUCACAACGUGCUAAAUCGCACCGUGGCACACACUAAUAUCCAAUGUCACAACGAUGUCACCCUAAAUAGUACAAGUGGUAACAGUCAGAACUCGGCUACCAACAACUCAGGGUCUUCAGAGUAUGGCACACAAACAAAUUUCGACCGGAUAUAUGGUACAAGUCUGCUGGGAACUAACCCAAAAUGCAGUACACACGAAACCCACACAAGGACACAACUAGCAUCAAACAAUAGGUGGAAUAAUAAGCCAUGGUCAUCACAAGGAUCCAAUCAUUUUUUAUCCCCCGCGUCCCUGUCAGCGUUGAAAAAACAGCUGGUAGGGAUGUUAACACUCCUAAACCACUAGUGCUGGCUCCCUCCUUGCAUGAAAACAGGAACGGUCUAGUGCACCCGUAUCCAUUGGACACACUUGACACUUGCACAAGUAUAGGCCAAAUAAAGAACCCUACCCACUUCUGUAACCUAACUAAAAAUAAAAGUUCCUUAGUCUAUAGCAAAUCCAGUACUCCAACUCCUAAUUCUCCACCGAAAACAGCACACAACAACUCGAUAGACAUAGGUGAGCAUGAUGCUGGAACUCCUCUUAACAUAGGAUCGUCAUGUCCAGCAGAACUACUGGGUGCUGAACCAUAUUCGGGGCUGACUAACGAACUUAAAUACUUCAAAUGCUACUUCAACUCUCAUCUUUACGUAAUCCUCAUAAAUGCUAGAUCUGUUCUAAAUAAAUUGCCGAUGCUCAGAGCACUCACAGUAAUAUACAAACCCCCUGUAAUUGUCAUCACUGAAUCUUGGUGUCAUUCGGACAUCCUGGAUGAUGAAAUAAGCUUAGAUAACUACACACACUUUCGGUGUGACAGGGAAGGUGGUAAGGGAGGGGGUUGUCUCAUGUACUUCUUGAAUGAACUUACUGUAUCACAGCUAGAAAGUAGUACACUUAACAUGCCUGAGACUCUAUGGGUUAAUGUACACUUAAAUAACGUAACAGCACUAAUUGGAUGCUCCUACAGAGCACCUGGCACCUUUAGUAAUUACGAGACCCAACUCAUUAAUACUCUGGAGCAAUUAACCGACUUACAAUACGAUCAUAAGAUCCUAUGUGGGGACUUUAACUUACCUGAAAUCAACUGGGAUAUACCCACAGGUCCAACUAAAUUUGACAAGUUCUUAGACACACUGGAUAUACUUGGCUGGAAACAAACUGUCACUACUCCCACAAGAGGUAACAACGUACUAGACUUAAUCUUCUGCCACAAUAUAAGCCCCCUUUCAACGCUAGUAGGUUCUGAGUUCCCAGGGAGCGACCACAAAACAGUAAUGUGUGCACUGCCAAUUCCGCUGAGUAGCAAUGCAUCUCAUACCUCCACUUCACAACAAGUAAUAUAUAGGAACUAUAGUAAGGCAAACUGGGCCUUAGUUGAAUCGAUGCUAAGAUCCUCCAAAUGGGAUGAAUACUUCACUACUGAUGACCUAUCGAGAGCCCUAACCAUCUUCUACCAUAACUCAAACAUAUGCUUAGAUGCUGUCAUUCCACUCCAAACACUAAAGGUUUCCCCACACAGAAAGUCAUACAUAAAACCAAAGGAUCGUAAGAAACUGAAGAAACUCUCAACAAGUUACUUCAAACACCACGACUUUGGCACUCUAGGUCUAAUACUUAAAACCCUUAGCUCCAUCACACAAGCUCAAGAUUUCCGUAUGAGAAAGGAAGAACGCAUCGCAGUAGCCAGUCCUGCUAGAGCGUAUGCACUCACAGAAAUCUUAAGGAAGCGAAUGAAUCGCAAAAAUCACAGCAUUUCUCUCCUCAUAGACAAAGGCAGGCUAUGCACUAACUCUGCAGACAUAUGUGAACUAUUCAACAAAACGUUUGCAGGUAACUACCUUAAGCCCUCAGUCCAGCUACUCGAUAUACACCCUAUUACUAAAAUGGCACCAACUCCACUGACACCAAACCAAAUUAGCACUGUUCAAUUCACUUACGCUGACAUUAACCAAACUAUAAGAACCCUCAAAAGUUCAAAAGGUUUCGGUACCGACGGUAUAUCAUCUUACUUCUAUAAAUAUGGUGGCCCUGACAUUCCUCUACUACUGCUUAAAAUAUUCACAAUGUCCCUAGAAACCCAAACUUACCCUGACAUAUGGAAGACUACAUUCAUUAUGCCUAAACACAAAUCUGGCUCGAAAACUGAAGUCAGUAACUACCGGCCAAUCAAUAUCACACCUAUAGCAUCUAGAAUCAUGGAGAGACUAGUCAAAAAUAACCUAAUCAAACACAUGCUUAGCUGCAACAUCAUAAGUCCGAACCAACAUGGAUUCCUGAAAUCCAGAUCAUGUUUAACAUGUCACCUAGACUUCUUCAAUUUUGUAACCAGCAGUCGUGACAGACGGCAACUAGUACUUGUCAUCUACUUUGACAUUUCUAAGGCAUUUGACCGUGUUGACCAUUUACUGCUAACAAAUAAACUGAACUCCUUAGGAAUACGUGACCCAUUAUUAGGAUGGCUUAAAUCAUUCCUUAACAAUAGGUCCCAAAUAGUUAAACUCGGGUCUGCAACCUCCAAACCUAGCCCUAUCACUUCUGGUGUAGUACAAGGUAGUGUCAUUGGACCCCUCCUAUUUACACUAUACAUCAAUGACAUAUGCGCUUGCUUCACGCACGGGAAACCAUUCAUCUUUGCAGAUGACCUAAAAGUAGCUUAUACAUUCCAACGUGAUGACUUAGGGAACUUCGAGAAUGUAGUACAGAAGGAAUUAGAUAAAAUGGCUGCUUGGUCGUCCCUAUGGAAUCUCCAAUUUAAUCUGAACAAAUGUGGCUGGAUCUGCUUCGGUGCACCCUCAAUCGACCUGAAAUUAACGCUCCAAUCUGCUAACCUAACAAGACUCCGAAAUGUCGUUGACCUAGGCCUGAGGUACUCUAGUGACUUGACAUUCUCAGAGCAAGUAGCAUCACAGACUAGAAAAUCGAGGAUGCUCUUAGGAUGCAUACUCAGGAACUUUCACGACAAUGAAGCCAAGCUAAUUCUGUACAAAACAUGUGUCAGACCACUACUAGAAUACUGUCCAUUUAUUAUAAGCAGCACUCGCACACGUGACAAGCUAAGGAUGGAAAGUAUCCAACGAUAUUUUACCUCAAAACUGCUUGGCUACGAUUGUAAGAAAGACUACAUCUCACGGUGCAUGAUCCUAAAACUCGACCCACUUUGGACAAGGCGACUUAUUAUAAACCUAAUAUUCUUCUUUAAGGUCCUUCACAAAAUAUCUUUCUCAGGUAACAGGGACAUACAAUUCGCACAGGAAGGUUCUUACGAUCUGCGUAACCAAACUUCCACAGUGACAACUCAUUCUUUUAAGUCAACACUCCGUGAAAACUUCUUCACAGUCAUGUAUUCUAAAAUAUGGAAUAGCCUACCCCUAGAUAUCAGAACUUGCUCUUCGGUUACAAGCUUCAAACGCUCUCUAUACAGACUGUUGCACUCUACAGAUUAUAUUAAUAAACUAUUUACUCCUAGAACGAAUCAAGCACUAAUCUACUACAGCACCUAAAAGACGCACUUCAACACCCUUAGCAAUCUUUAAACUAUAAAUAAACUAGCAGCAUGGAUGCAUAAAGACAUAGUACGGAACAUACAGGAUUAGUCUACCCUUAGAAAUAGGACCUAUCCCUCAUUGUAACCUUCAAACGCUUGCUAUGUAAACUGUUUUAUUCUAAAGACUAUCCCUACCAGAACCCAUUACUUAUUUCUAAAACGCAUCAGUCAUUAGAACAAUAAAAACGCUCAGACUAUUAAUACACAUUAUGACAUUAAAUAAACUCUAAGACUUCGCAUAAAUACGUGAAAACGCAGAUACAAUAUAGAAAAAUGUUUACUUAAGUAUAAUUAAGAUAAACAUUUAUAAAUGAAUCAUGUAUUAAUGUUUUUUUCAUGUUCACAUACUUUCUCUUUCUGGUAUUUUGCUGCUCCUAUUCAUCUUCUGGUCGAGGUCGAACAACCCUGCAUCUAAACUGAAAUGAGGAUUAAUUCCAAACCGUCUAUCUCAUAACCACUCAAAUUCCAUGAACGAUCCAAUUCUACCAUUUGAAGACGCUGGCGAACAUGCUGUAAAUGAGUAUUCAUGAUCUGAAAUGAAGAAGCAACUGGUUUUCAAACAGUUUUCAACGUUUUACUCAACUUACGAAUACAGUCCGCCAUGCAGACACAAAUGGAGCAAAUGGAGGAUUCUGGAAUCGACCUCGGCACCAUUUGAUGCAGUAAAACAACCCAACAUGACCUUAUUUAGUUUUCGUAUCCACGAUCAAAUUUCUUUCCUGUUAUGAAACUACGAUAAGAGUGCUGAAAAAAUGGAAUAAAUAUAUCACUGAUCUCAACAUAAUACAUCAAUAAUCUUUAAGCCAAGGGUGCUGCUCACAACAAAGUUAUAUAAGAGAAUUGACUUCAAGCUUUAUUUUUCCCAGAUAUCUGUAUUACAUUCAUCUGAUGUCUGGGUUUUUUGUUAAUGCGAAGACAAUAUUUCUAUAUCUCUUUAUGUGCUACACAAACAGACUUUAUAGCAGACUGUUCCUACUGACUCUAAUGUCAGAAAGAACAACCAAACUGUAAAUUCAUUAUACAUUAAAUUGUGUGUAAUUUAUAUAAUAACUUAUCCAUGCCUGUACAAUUGGUAUGUUCCUGCAUAAACAGGAAGAAAUAUAUAUAUAUGACAU